AUGGCGCCUAAACCCUUCCAAAAGCUAUCACGCAGAGGGAUUGCUCAAAGCCUCCGUCUCGCCGAAGCGGGUUCAUGGCCUCGGGCAAAUGCAACUUCGGCCGGCACACGUCAGCUUGAACAAAUGUGCCAUACCGUUCACAUUCACUUUGGAAGGCAGAAGAGAAAUACGGCCCGAGUCCAAGUUCUGGUGGAGGCGAGCGAAUGGACGAAUGGACUGCUCGGUUGGUGUGUCAGUUCAGGAAUACACAAACAUCCCCCAAGUAUGACCGCUUCCAUCGGCAUCAGACAUACAGGUUGCCAACAUCGCGUCUCUGUCCGUCUUUGCCACGAACCCGCAACGAGGCUGCUGGCGCUAUCUUAUCGGAAAUGCAUAUCUCCUUUUGUUUGUCCUCACGUCGAAAGCGUCAAAAUGGGCUUGGCCCCUGUCUUGUCACACACUACCUGCCCUCGCCUUAAGCCUGAGAACCCACGGGCACCAGCUGCUAUGGCUGGGCUUCGGUUCUUUACCCCCCCACCGGGUACAGCUGGUAUGCGCAUCCUUGUCCUACAGUCUGGUGGCAACUCUGUUGCUGCUAGCCUAUUUGUCCGUUGA